AUGUCAUACACUCCAUCAAAUACGCCAGUCAGGGCUGCACCCAUUUCCGGUGACUAUGAAUUAAUUGAUGGAGACCCGUAUUUCACCAAAGUUAUCCGUUAUUUCCGUCCGUCAGAUUAUUUAAACUGGGGUAUAUCAACAGCCAUUGUUCCUCUUGGAAUCAAUGUAUGGGAAAGAUUAGAACCAUCUUUAGGUAAAGGCAUGAAGCCCUCUCCUAUCGCCGGUACCACAUAUCGUGCAGCAACUGCUAUUGGGUUUGUAGGAGGAUUCUUUUUAGCCUAUGUCAAAACAAGCCAACGUUUCCUUGGGUGGAGGGAGAAUUCUCGAGAAGUCGCUAAAGACAGAUACGAAGUCAAGGAAUUAUUGAGUCAAGGUAAAUUACCUUAUCACGAAAAUGAAAGUGUAUUGGAUGACAGGUCCAAGGAUGUUGCUAACAGAAAUUCUCAAUACAGCAACUCACUUUUAUUUAUAUUGCCUUGGUUCAACUUGGCAUAUCAUCCAUAUCACCAAGUGAAUUUGAAAAAGUACUAUGUUAAUAGACCGGGUGAAGAAGAUUGGGGUUUCAACCUAAAACCACUUGAUGAGAUUUAUUCCAGUAAUGCGAAAAAGUCAGUUUAG